GGGAUGAACGGAUGAAGGUAGGAGGAUGCAGAGAUAGGGACAGAGCAGAGUUGGGAUGGAAAGAGCCGGGAGAGGAAAUCUCUAAUAAUAGCACUGCAGGGAAGCGAGAGCAUGCAGAGAAAAAUGUGGUACAUGCAGCAAAGCGAAUCAUGCCGAAUCAGAGCAGUGAAAGAGUGCGAUGGAGCGAGAGCGGGGAAAGUUGAAAGCACAUGCUCUGCAUUCCCACAUGCAUGAUAGAAAAGGCAGAAAGAAGAAAAAGACAAAUAGGAAGCACAGGGAGAAAGACGUGUUCAGUGCAGAGGAAAUUACGGAUCCCGUUGGAAAAAAAAACUACUGAAGACACUAAGACAGCUUUAAGUUCUCAUGUUUAUUUGAGCACAUCUGUUCGUUUAAUUUAAAUCCGUCUCCUUCAAAUGGCAACUUUGAAGACAUGUGCUAAGUUGCAGCUUGUGUGAUUGUGUGUGUGAAACAUGCCCUCCGCUCGGCCUUCAUCCGAUGAUGCAGAGGUGUGAGAGCCACGAAUCCGAGGUCCAGCGGAGCCCCUCAUUGGACAGCGCAGAGUCAGAAUUCACCCGGGCGGCCCGUCGGGGUCACCGCCUGGCCGUGGGAGCCUUCUAUGGCUCCCGGGGCUCAAAUGUCAAAGAUCAAACAGCACAGAACGACGGAGCUGUUGUUGCGGUCCCGCCGGGAGGAAAGCCUCAAGAUAAGCGCGUGUCUGCCCGUGGGAAGUACGUUGUGUUUUACCUGGACUUGUCAUUUGUGUUGCUCCUAGAGUUCGAGAAGCUGAAGAUGGCUCGUGGAUGCCUGUGCUGUGUCAAAUACAUGAUGUUCCUCUUCAACCUGCUGUUUUGGUUGUCGGGCUGUGGGUUGUUAGGUGUUGGCAUCUGGCUGUCCGUUUCUCAGGGCAGUUUUGCCACAUUCUCCCCCUCCUUCCCCUCCCUCUCAGCUGCCAAUCUGGUCAUUACCUUGGGCUCCGUCGUCAUGGUAACGGGCUUCCUGGGUUGCCUCGGUGCCAUCAAGGAGAACAAGUGCCUGUUGCUAAGUUUCUUCAUUGUUCUGUUAAUUAUUCUGCUGGCAGAGCUGAUUUUGCUCAUCCUUUUCUUCGUGUACACUGACAAGGUGAGCGAGAACGCUAAACAGGAUCUUAAAGAUGGCCUGCGGCUCUACAACACGGACAAUAACGUCGGCCUCCGCAACGCCUGGAACAUUAUCCAAGCUGAGUGGGAGUGUUGUGGUGUAACUGGACACACAGACUGGCAUGAUGCCCUGCAGGAGAAAACGGUGCCAGACAGAUGCUGCCAGGAGCACUACAGAGAGUGCGGUCGCAACGCCACUAACACCUUCUGGUCACAGGGCUGCUACGAGAAGGUUGAGGAAUGGCUGAACGACAACAAACAUUUGCUUGGAACCAUCGCGAUGUGUGUGCUGGUCUUACAGCUGCUUGGGAUGGCCUUCUCCAUGACCUUAUACCAGCAGAUCCACAGGGCGGGAAAGAAGUACGAUGCCUAGAGGAAGCCCAGUGUUACACUACAAAAACUCUUUGAACACCUUAUGUAUUAUUUCAAAGCCCCGUUUCAUGCCAUCACAAACUAUUACCACUGAAAAAACAUUUUUUUUAAGUCUAUCAGAUUUAAUUAUGUAGAACAGGCUGUAGAUAAUAUUGCUUGGCUGCUGAGUGGCUAAUUUUUUUUUUUGGCCUGAGGUCUAACAGCAACUGUAAGAUGAAAACUAAUGAAGGGAAUACAUUGUGAGAAGCAAUUAUGAAUGUUUGCAGCCAUUAAGCCGAUCUUGGAAAUAGUCCAUUAGCGUAUGAACUGUACAAAAACGCCCACUUCAUGUAAGAUUGGACUUUGGAGAUCGCGAUGCACGUAAAAGGAUGCGUUCACUAUGUCUCUCUUGGACGGUUGCGUACAUGUAGACGCAAGUCCGUUUGUUGAUGUAAUAUAUCAAUCGCAUGCUGUAUAUAUUUCACAUUGACGUAAGCGUACUGUACAAUUGCACACAAACAAUCCUUUAUCUGAUGACUUAAGUGUUAGGGAGAGUGGGGUAAGAUGUGUCAACCCCUUAAUCUACCAAAAACUGCACAAUUUUUUUCAUUACAUUAUCGGAAAGGCUCUAAAUGUAUGUUUUUAGCAUGUUUAAGUAAAAUGCGUGGCAAGAAACUUUAUUCAGAGUAUUUGUAAAUUUUAAUUUACAUAAGUUACAUAAAUUAUUUGACUAAAUUUGGGCUUUAAUUUUUCUGGAUAUUUUCAAGAUAUUUCUUUCAAUUUCACAUUUGAAAAUGUGUCACAGCUUACCACACUCUCCCCUACUUUCAGUUAAAAUGAGUAUGAAUGUGUUUAUUUGUAAAAAGUAUGUUCUUUGUAUGAGAGAGAGAGAGAGAGAGUUUGGGCUAGUCAUCUGCUCGCUCUGGGGCUUUGUGUCCUGGUGACUCUCUUCUCGUCUCUGUCUACUCUCUUUGUUUUCUCGCUCACUGAUCUUUUCAAAGUGCAUCUGUACUGCCGGGAGGCAAACGAGCUGUCCUGCUCCGCCUACCGUCAGGGAAGAGAGGGAGAUGAGAUCAAAGGAUGCAGGAUAUAGAGGUUAGGAAAUAGAGGGGGAGAAAGACCUAAUAACGGCCUCUCCUGAAAACAAACAGUAUUGUGCAAUGACACCUGAAAGCGUGCAAUGAGAGUUAACUUAUAAGCCAUAACCUCGGCGAGCUGUUACUGUCAUUCUCCUAAAAUACAUUCCUACUCAUAAUCAGUUUGUGAGGUCUAUAUUUUAAUCCACAGAUGAAAUAGCUGCAUCAUUACAAAGUAUUGAAUUAUCUGGAUAAUUUAUUACCAUGUGACAUAUCUGCAUUACUGUUUAACCGACAUAUUAUUUUAAAUAAAAAGAAAAAAAAAAUGUUUUAAAUAAA